AUGCGGUACCGCACACAGGGACGCUCCGAUGGCUCCUCCGACACCCGCACGCGGCGAUGCCCCGGCUCCACCAGCGGAGCAUCCCGGCGCGCCCGGAGCACCGCGCGGUGCCGGAGACACGGACGGUGGCACCGAGCACGGGCGGGCCCCGGCGCUGCUCCGCGGGAGCGCAGCCCCGGGCGCGGGGGAGAUGCCGGAGCCGCACAGCCCCGCACCCGCAGCGGCCCCGCCGGGACCGCGCUCGGGAGGCGCCGGAGGGACGGGGCGGGGGCAGCGAGAGCCGAGCAGGGCGGGGAGCGGGGUCCGACAGCGGGGACACAGAGCCGGAGCGGCGGGGACGGAGCGGGGCGCGCCCGGCAGCGGCACCGGGGCGUGGGGCGGGCUCUGCCCCGGGACCCCCCGCCCGGGCUGCGCCCCCCGGGCUCCAGCGCAUCCCGGUGCCCCCCGCCCGGUCCCGGGGCCGCCGCCCCGGCGCUCCCCGCAUCCCCGCGCAUCCCCGCGCAUCCCCCGCCGCCCGUGCCCGCGGUCCGGCGCCCCCCCGCUAUAGCGCGGCCCCUUCCCCCCGCACCCCUCCCAUACACCCCCCACAACACGCCUCCCGUUCUCGGUGCCACCCACCCGCGACCCCCCCCACGGCCGCCGGCCGCGCCCCCCCGCUAUAGCGAGCCCCCCGCCCGCCCGGCCCCUCCCGGGCGCUCCCCGUUCGAACGCGAUCCCUCGCCCCUCUCCGGGCACCCGCUCCCCGCGCCGCUCCCGCUGUCCCCCGUUCCACCGCGGCCCCUCCGCGGCGCGGCGCCCCCCGCCCCAGACCCCGGCCCCGCUAUAGCGCUCCGGUACCUGCCGGCGCGGCCGCCCGCUGCCAUGCUGCCGGCGGAGGGGCUGCGCGGGGCCGCGCUCCCCGCCCUGCUCCGCCUCCGCCUCCCGCUGUCCCUCCGCCUCCGGCCGGGCUGCGCUGGGGCCGCGGCACGGGGACACUGCGGCGAGCUCCCGCCCGCCGGCCACUCGCCCGGGUGA